AUGGCCCACCAGUUUCCGGCUCAGCAUCAGAUGCACCCGGCUCAGGUGCCUACACAACAUCAGAACAUUGGACAGCAACGACAGGCUGCCCCAAUGGCCCAACCACAAGUACCCACAAUGGGCCAGCAAAGAGGCAUGCAGAGUCAACAAUCUCUGCAGAACCCCUAUGCCAACUACGACCCCCAGUUUGCGCUAUUCACCUUGGAGAGACCAAAGGGCGCCGACGGCUGGGAGGAUGUCGAAGCCGAACAGCAGCAUGUCAAUGCCCAGGAUCUUCAGAGCGAUGUUAAGAAAUUCCAAAGAAGCAAGCGAUCCAUCAAGAGCGUUCUGAACGAUAUUCCUUCUUCAAACGCCCGACGUAUCAUUAACGAGCUCGUGGAGGAUCAGAACCGAGAACUUAUGGCCUUGAACCGGACUCUGCAGUGGACCAUCGCCAGCAUUGACAUUGACUGGAAGAUCGUCAAGCAGUCCAUGGGUAGCCGGCAACGACAACUUAAGCGUAUCUCAGUCAUACUGCAGACUGGGCCUUCUGGAUACGAGGAUCCCCAGACCAUUAGGGCUGCAGCUGCUAUGGCUACAAAACCACAGCCUAUGCAACCAAACCAAGCCUUUGCACACCAACCAAAUCACGUAGGACACGAGAUGCCACAACCGUUACGAAACCCUCCACACCCUGCUCAGCCACCUAUGGGACAUGUUCAGCAGCCAGUGCAAGCAAUGCGAGUCCCACCGACCCCCGGACAAUCUCAGCCUGGUCAAGCUCCCCCUCCACCCCCACCUCCUCCAGGGAUGACACAUCUGCCACCACCGCCGCCUGGUGCCACGCCUUUGUCACAUCUUCCUCCGCCACCACCUGGUGCGGCUCAUGGUAUGCCGCGCCCACCAGCACAUGGGCAGCAACAACACCGACCAAUGCCUGGCGCAUUUCCAGAUACCGUGCACCGCCCUGCGAUGAGACCAGGACAACCCGACAUCGAGAUCCUUGACUCGUCCUUCUUGAAGAAACAGAAGAAGCCCAAGGGUCGUCACGAGGAGUUGUCUUCCGAGUCGGAGUCAAACAGCGACGAGUGGGAGUCUGAGACUGGCGACUCGGGUUCUGACCGCUUUCGCGUUCGCCAUGUUGAGCACGGCGAGUUUGCUCAUAUUGGCAAGCUAAAACGUGGUCGUUCAAGGCAGUCUUCUCGAUCGAAGAAGUCUCGCCACAACAAACCCCACAGCAAGGUCAGAAGCCGCAGCAGAAGCCACGUUCGCACCGAGACGCAUCGAAGGCGUCGCGACUCAGACCUCAUUGACCCUCCACCCAUGGGCAAGUACAGCCCCAUGUCAUCGAAGGACAACUCUCCCCGGUCUUCCAAACAACAGCUUCCACCCAUCCAUAUCCACAUGAGCACUCCCGCGGCUGAGAAGCCAACACGCGCCAACGAGCGUGUCCGACGCGACAGCCACGGUGCCUCAUCACCGGACUACAGGAAAGAGAAAGCCAACGCCGAGCCAAUGUCGCGUGUUAAUUCCUGGGACCGCCACAGCGGCACAGCAUCAUUCAACGACAACUCAUCCGUCCACACGGCAGAUGACAGCGUCUUCUCAGAGCCCGAUCGUCACGGUCGCCGAAGUCGACACCACUCUGACAUCGUUGACCAAUCACCAAAGCUAAGAUCGCGCAAUCUGCCACACAGACAAGAAAGCUUUGGACACCCUCACCCGAGCCACAUCUAUGGCGACGUAGAGCCUCGUACACGAAGGAGCGCGUACCCAGCAAACGACUACCCCCACGACCCCCGCCAGCGCGAGCCGUACUUUGACGAGCAUGCGUUCACACCUCGACCUGGUCUGCACCGCCGCAAUAGUGCUCAGACUCCACAGAGUAACCCGUUCGAUACUGCGCGUUACCCGCCGCGCCUUGGGCGUUCAAACACGUUUGCCCCAGAUAUGCAAGAGCCUAUAUAUGGACAGCGUGAGCCACGAUACCUCGCUGACCGUGCCGCUCAAGAUGACGUCAAUAUGAGAGAACUUGCUGAUGCGCUGGAGCAUAUCAGGGAGCAGAAGAGGAGACCGUUGCAUGGGAGGAGGGCGAGUGAAUAUGAAAGGAUGGGAGGCUACGGAGGAGGAUAUGAUAUGUAUGAUCGUCGUGGGUAUUAG